AGGGGAAUUAUCACAUAUACUAUUUUUUUUAUUUAUUUUUUUCAAAUUUACGGUUUGGGUUUCUAAAGUGGUUGCAACGCUAGUUGCAAUAGGGUUUUUGUACGAUUUUUUAUUACAAUUUAAGUUGCAGCGCUAGUUGCAAUAGGAAUUUUUAUGUAAAAUUUCGUAAAAAUGUAAAAAAAAACGGUUUUGAAACGUAAAAAUAAAAAAGCCCUUGAUUAUUAUUAUGAGAGUAAAUAUAUUUAAUUUAAUAAUUAUUAUAAAAAGUUAUUAAUUAGUGCAUUUCUUUUAUAAUGGUAUUGGCUAAUGGCUAUUACUAGUAGUAAGUAGUGGUACCUAUCUUUUGGGCUUAAAAUAACCAUAUUUGUAUAUACAUUAUUAUUUGUCUUAAAAGUAUCCUAACUAUUAAUUAUAUAUCGGCUGAAAUAAAUGGUAUUUAAAAUGAGGCUUGAUUGUCUAAAAAGGUGGCAAUUAGGCCGUGUACGUUAUGUAUUAUCAUAGAAAAAUGCUAAAAAGCUGUAAUUUAGUAUCAUUUUUAGUGUCAUACAUAUAUAUUGAUAUUAGUAUAAUUAAAUAUAAAUAUCACUAAUUUUAAAUAAUAAUAUCUAUACAAUAAAGUAUGUAUAUAUUGGGUCACUCUCGGCGAAGACCUGACGACGUUGACGGCUCCACUCACCCUAGAAGACCCAACAUCGACGGCUCCACUGUGACUGACUGUUACUAACAGCAAGGAUGCAGAUCUACUUCACUCGCGGCGGAGAAGAUUCCAAGCCUCAGAUCCCGUAGAUCUUGGUGGCUCUGUAUUCUUAACCACCGUCGAUCAACCCGAGUUGUGAGUUUCAACCGUCCUUGUCCCAGCAAGAAGCCCAGAUUCAAUCGUCCCAGUCGCGUUAACAUUAAUCUCUGGGCUUCAUCCCUCCACUGAUGCGAUUUCCAGAACUUCUUCCCUUCUCAACUUUUGUGUAGCUCCUUCAGUUGUUUAGUUUCAAAAAGAGCAGAUCCAGGAAGAAGAAGACCAGAUCCAGGACGGAGAAGACCAGAUCCAUGAUGGGGAAGACCAGUUCCAGGAGGGAGAAUACCAGAUCCAGGAUGGCGGUUGCUUGCCGUAAGAAGCGCCGGUAUCGUAAUCUUUAUCGCUGGCAAAACAUCGGCUGUGGAUGUCUCCCAAUUUGCAUUUGCGUUGUUUUUAAAUUUUGAUAUAGUGUUCGGUUUAUUUUAAUUUGAUUUUGUUCCUUGUCAUUUAUUGAUAUUUUUUCCUUAUUUCUUUGUUUGUGUGGUUAAUUAUGCAUUGUGAUUUUGAAGCUGUUUCAUAAUAAGAGGACCAAGAAUUCUAGUUCUGGAGAAUGAAGAAGGUGGUGGUAAUCCAGUUAUGGGUAAAAAAGAAUGAUAUGUCAGAUCCUUUUCGUUUUUACAGAAAACCCGAUUAUGUGGCAAUGCUGAGGAAGAAAGCUUAGAUUAUUCUAAGGUUGUAUUUGGUAGAUCCUUAUCAAAUAAGGCAGUUAAUAAAGGUGGCCUUAAGAGGUUUUUCGAAGCAAAAUGGCAGAACAAUGCUGGAGUCAAAGUGGAGGAUUACAAUGAUGGGAUCUUCAUACUAACCUUUGAUAGACAAAGUAUAAAGAGUAGAGUGCUACGAGGACAACCCUGGUACUUUUCAGGUAACUAUUUAGUACUUGUUGAUUCUGAAGGUUUAAAUCAAAUUACUGUGCCUAUAUGGAUCCAAGUUUUUGGAAUUCCUCUUCGUAGGAUUAAUAAGUCUUUGGGUAUGGAAAUAGCUAGCCAUUUGGGGGAAUUUUUGGAAUUUCAUAAUAAGAAAACAUUUAUGAGAAUUAGAGUUUUAUGGGAGUCAUCUAAACCUUUGGAAAAAGGAAUGAAUUUCGAAUCUGAAAAUGGCAAAAUUUCCAUGAGUAUCUCUUUCCGAUAUGAGCGCAUAUCAAAAUUUUGUUAUUAUUGUGGAUGUCUGGAUCAUAUAGAUAGGAAUUGUUUGGAUUUAAUGGAAAAAAUAGAGGAAGGGUAUAAUCCACCAAUGAAUUAUGAUGAUCAAAUAAAAACAGCGGGUUUGGAACAUAUGAUCCCAUCUAUUCCGUUAGCAAUAAAUUGGCAUGGGGAUAUAAAUAACACAUCUCUGAGUAGAAGAUUGUUAGGAGCAACAAGAUCGCACGAAGAAGAUGCAAGUAAGAGUUUUUCUGAAAAGCGGGUUAAAGUGAAUGAUGAUGGCAAAGGAUUUCUCACAAAGGACUUUAUGGAAAAAGGAGAGCAAAGUGAGGAUAAAAGAGUAAGGGGAGAGACCAAAUGAGAUAAAGAAGAGUUAAAAGCUAAAGAUUUUCUCUUGUCUGAGGGAGAUCAAGGAAAUGAGGAAAUGGAUUUUUACUCUGGAAUUUUCCAGUAUGGCAA